CUUAAUAAGCGGCACAUAGGCGCCGGUGGAGCCGCAUUUCCGCGCUAAAGUUCUCCCGCCAAAAAAUUCAGACUCCUACAAUUACAACUCACGAUAUUGAAAGCCGUUUCUGUAGCCAGAUGAGAUCUCUCUUGAGCUGUGGGAGAUGAACAAUGUUUUCUCGGUGGCAUGGCGAAGACCGUGCAUGGGCAUUCGCUCCUCGCCAUCUCCCCAAGCAGCUCCCCUCGCCCUUCUCCAGAUGAUAUGGCCUGACGGCCGGAAUUUUGCAACCCGCUCUAUGAGUAGCCUGCAGAAUAUUUCCAAUCCCUUCCAGAAUAUACUAUCUCCAACUAAACCUACAGGCAUAUUCCAAUCGUGUCAUUCCCGUCGAAUCUCCUUUCCGUCCCGCACAUUCUCCUCUUCCGCUACCUUCGCCGCCAGAGCACCCCGAUCUCCUCCGCCCCUCAAGAGACGCGAAGAUGGCGCUCGGUUCAGAGCCCGCGAUCUCUCUGCUCUGGAGCUCUACCAAAUAUUUGGUUCAGAGUCGCAGAUCUCAGUACCGCUGGGCAACAGAAUGCUACGAAUACUCCAAGCACGUCGUAUCUCCGGUACCAUCGAUGUCGAUCUCCCCGCUGAUAUAAAGAAUGUUGUGGCGGAGGAUACGAUAAUAGCAGGACUAGAAUGGCUGCGGAAAAGAUACCCCGUGGACGAAGAUGCUGCGAUUCUAAAGCGUAUUGAACGAGAAGAAAUUGCAGAGGAGCAGAAGCUGAUCAAGCGUGGUCAAGCGCUUGGCCUGUAUAAACCGCAGAGUGGGAAGUUCGAUAAACCCAUAGAGAAGGAAGGGGAUGUUUAUGGCAAAAGUAUCCUGCAGGAAACGAGGGAGGCGAACGAGCGAAAGAAUAAGUUGGAUGAUGAACGGCGGAGACGCGAGUGGCUGGAAGGCGAGGCGAAGGAUCGGGAAAAGUUGAAGCGGAGCAUUCAGAAAAAUAUGGAGUUGCGGAAGUUCGAGGAAGCCGCUGUUAUGGAAGCUAAACCUCGUGCGGAUCCGGAUGUCCGUCCUGCGUUGGCUUGGGUGCAGAAACAUCAUCUUCGGGCAACAGCAAAGGAUUUGGAUACCUCAAAACUCUCGAAGGCCAGCCGAAUCCUCCCCUCUCUCUGUAUAACACUCCUUACCAUAGGCCUCUGCUGUGUCCUCGCCGAAAAUUAUGAGCCAGCACCUCGUCAGGAGCGCCUGAUGCCCAAUACACCCCCCGCCGCAGCAACCGUGAUCGGUCUCAUUGGGGCAAACGUCCUCAUCUUUGCCAUGUGGCGAGCCGUCCCGCCCGCCUGGAGAAUGUUGAAUCGAUAUUUCAUCAGCGUGCCGUUGUAUCCGUACUCAAUUAGCAUUGUCGGCAGCAUAUUCAGCCACCAACAAUUCCGACAUCUAGGUGCCAAUAUGUUGAUUUUGUGGUUCAUCGGGACAAGACUCCACGAAGAACUCGGCCGCGCCGACUUCCUCUCCCUCUAUUUCUCUGCCGGCGUCAUCGCCUCCCUAACCUCCCUAACCGCCCACGUCCUCCAAAAUAAACUAACCGUAACCUCCCUCGGCGCCUCAGGCGCCAUUGCCGGCCUCGUCGCCGCCUGGUGCAUGAUACAUGCAAACGACAAACUAACCAUUGCCCUCCUCCCGCAAUCCUGGCAAGAGACCUUCUCCGCCAAGGGCUCGACAUUCCUGAGUGUCAUCGUGUUUAUCGAAAUUGCGUCAUUGGUGGUGUUGCCGUUUCGGCUGCGGAUGCCCGUGAUGGAUCAUUGGAGUCAUUUGGGUGGCUAUGCAGCUGGCACGGUGGCCGGGUGGUGGUGGAAGGGGAAAAAGGAAGAGGAGAAGAGACGGAAGAAGGAAAAGGAAGGGUUGUGGGGAUGGUUUAGUGGUGGGAAGUAGCUUUGGUUUUGGUUGGGGGAAAGGGUGGGGUAAGGAGGGCUGGCUGGUGGCGGUGUUGAUUGAGGGAAGUUAACUAGUACGAUUCUCUUUUAGAUUUUGGAACGGGGUGUUUUAUUUUUGUUGCAUCUUCCUUUUAUGUAUGAGUAAUUAGAAGGAAUUUUUUGUUAGCUGGAUAUU